AUGAAGGCCCAUGACAAAUCAAAGUUCGUCUUCUUCGUCUUGAACUGGUUCGAAAGCUCAGAGAGUGUCCUCAUUACUUCAAAUGGGGCUUGGAAGCUUGGUGGAUUUGGUUUUACAAUAUCAGCAGAUCGGUCUUCAGCUGAUUUGGCUAAUGUGCAGACUUUCCAUUAUGCUGAAUAUGAUGUUGAGGAUUCUGUAAUACCCCUUCAGCCAUCUCUUAACUACCUUGCUCCUGAACUUGUACAAAGUAAGACAUCUUCGGUGGGAUGUUUUUCUGAUAUAUUCAGUUUUGGAUGCCUUACCUAUCACUUGAUUGCUCGCAAGCCAUUGUUCGACUGCCAUAACAACAUGAAGAUGACUACAAAUCUUCUCCUUGGAGUUGAGGAGGAAUUUGAAAAUGGACUAUUUGAUGAUAACAGAGCUCGUGAAGAACUGGGGAAGAAGAUAAUUUUUUUGGAUGCUCAAGAUGACUCUGUCAUUGCAGAUUUUUUAGUUGAUAUAGGUGCUAUACUGCUACUUAAGAAUGACAUGGAGGAAAUUUUAGGACUUGAGAUGCUGGAAUCCAAAAAUAUGCUUAAGUCCCAAGAUAGUCUGUACAUUGGCGUCCUACCCAUUGAAUUGCUUAUUCCUGUUGAUACUAUUGAUCUUAAUGGGUAA